AUGCCUCUCGAAAAUCGACCGCGACUUCACCGCAUACCCCUAAGCAAGCGAAAUCGGGCUGUCGUGAGGGCUCUUAACCCAAUGCUGGUAACCUAUUUGGAAGCCAGCCGGGACCUUCGCGAGACGGACUCAGUUCUUUUUGGCGCCGCAGUGGCAGCUUGCCGUAUUAUUGGCGCCAAACUUCCCAUGGCUGGACGUGCUACUAAACAAAGUAGCGCCAUCCCAGCCUGGAGAAAAAGAAUUGAGGACCGUAUCGCAAAGGCAAGGGCCCUUAUCGGCAGACUGAUAAGCUUCAGGUCGGGUAAUAAUAGACCGAGGGUUGUGCGCACCGUUAGAAUGGCGUUUGCUGGGACAAAUAUCAGUUUGUCCCAGCCGGAUAUCACGCAGAAACUAACGGAGCGCAUAGACGACCUGAAGCAAAAGAUUGCCGCUUGGGGGAAGCGGAUUCGCCGAUUUACCGAGAGGUCAAGGCGGUUCAACCAGAAUCGUCUCUUCCAGAGUGAUCAGAAGAGGCUCUACAAAUCAUUGGAGCGACCAGAGGUAUGUGGAGCGGGCCCAGGACCGGAUCAGGCUAACACUGUCGCAUUUUGGCGUGGCCUGUGGUCAGAGCCCGUAAACCACAGCGAGGGCCCUUGGACGGAAGUUGUGGCGAGUCAGUGUGCGAGUAUUACGCCCAUGGACCCCGUCAUCAUAACGCCGGAUGACGUAGCUGAGGCGGUCCGUAGAGCCCCGAACUGGAAAAGUCCGGGACUCGACGGACUGCAUCACUACUGGCUGUAG